AUGGAGGAGCCCCCAAACAGCAGCAGCAGCACCCCGGGGCCCUUUGAUGGUCCCCAGUGGCCCCACCAGGCCCCCCGGGCCAUGUACCUGGGGGUGGCCGUGCUCAUGGGGCUGGUGGUGGCCUCGGCCUCGGUGCUCAACGGCCUGGUCAUCGUGGUGUCCAUCAGGCACAAGAGGCUGCGCUCGCCCCUCAACUACAUCCUGGUGAACCUGGCCGUGGCCAACCUGCUGGUGACGCUCUGCGGCAGCUCCGUCAGCCUCUCCAACAACAUCCGCGGCUUCUUCGUCUUCGGGGAGCGCCUCUGCCAGCUGGAGGGCUUCAUGGUGUCCCUGACGGGCAUCGUGGGGCUGUGGUCCCUGGCCAUCCUGGCCUUGGAGAGGUACCUGGUGGUCUGCAGACCCCUGGGGGACUUUCGGUUCCAGCACCAGCACGCUGCCAGUGGCUGUGCCUUCACCUGGGGCUGGUCCCUGCUCUGGACAACCCCACCACUCCUGGGCUGGAGCAGCUACGUGCCUGAAGGCCUGAGAACCUCCUGCGGGCCCAACUGGUACACGGGUGGCAGCAACAACAGCAGCUACAUCCUGGCCUUGUUUGUCACCUGCUUUGUGGUGCCCCUCAGCCUGAUCCUCUUCUCCUACACCAACCUGCUGCUGACCCUGCGGGCGGUGGCGGCGCAGCAGCAGGAGUCGGACACGACGCAGCAGGCGGAGCGGGAGGUGACGCGCAUGGUGGUGGCCAUGGUGGUGGCCUUCCUCACCUGCUGGCUGCCCUACACCACCUUUGCACUGGUGGUGGCCACCAACAAGGACAUUGUCAUCCAGCCAGCCCUGGCAUCCUUGCCCUCCUACUUCUCCAAGACGGCCACGGUUUACAACCCCAUCAUCUACGUCUUCAUGAACAAACAGUUCCAGAGUUGCCUGCUGGGAAUGCUGUGCUGUGGUUACCACCCCAGGGGGAUGGGGAAAACCUCUCCAGCUGCCCCCAGUCCCCAGGUGGCUGCAGAGGGGCUGAGGAACAAGGUGACACCGUCCCACCCCGUGUGACAGCUGCCACGUCCUGCCUGCGCCAGUGCCAGCUCCAGGAUCUGCCUGUGCCACCCACAGCAGCACAGAGGGCUUGGGCUGGAGCUGAUGGGGGGCUCUCAGAGGUUGGAGAGGUCCCUAACAACAUAAAAAAGACAGGUCAGUGUCUUCUUGCAGGUGAGGAACCAUCCCAUCAUGGGAGAAACUGCAGAUUUUCACUAUGUCCCUCUCCUGAGGAACCCCCUCCCUCCCAGCCCCUCCCCUGGGAGCCUUUCAAAAACACCAAAUAAAAAAUGAACAGUAAUUUUUCCUCAGUGCACAACAUCCCAGGUGGCUGUUUGGCCCAGAGUCAGGUGGAACAGGGUCUGUCACCAUGCCCUGCCAGACCAAGCCCUGCCUGGUCCUGCUG